UCCUACACUGAGUAUUGAAAUGUCCCACAGUCCGUGAAGACGGCGGCAGCCCGCGGAAAGAAACAAACAUGGCGGAAACGGUACCCAGCUGUGAGGCUCAGGUCACAAAGCCGCCGCCCAAACGCCGACGCAUCCUCGACCCGUCGGCCAUCGUCCCCGUACCUGUCUACUCCAACAAGGUGAAGAGCAGUCUGCAGCUGAAGCCGACGGCGGCUCUGCUCACUGAAAAGACGAACGCAGACGACGAUGCAGGCGACAGUCUGCUGUCAGAGUUUUCCUCUCGAGGCAAGACGGCAGACCUCGUCAGCCUCAGCGACUCCGAAGACGAGUACGUGCAGAAGGCCGAGAAGGAGCUAGAAGCUCCCCGCUGUCCGUCUCCUCCCCCUCCGGAGAGUCCAGUAAAGAAACAGUCCAGGAAGGUGAAACAGAAGCUCAGUGAGAUCGACCGGAAGCUCCGGGCAGUGAACUCCCUCCUCUCUCAGAGUCCUAGUGAGGAGGGACGGCGGUCUAGACGGCGCCGAGGACCCCCGAUCCGUCAUCCUGAGGAAGAGCAGUUGGACAACGAUGACGAUAUCAUCAUCGUGAGCCCUGCGCCGGAACCAGAGAGCUCGGCGUACAGCUCCUCGGUGCGAGAGAUCCCGCUAAAGGUCCGCUGCAGGACCGAAGUCCACAAGCUCCCGGUGCUGUCGUCAACGCCUUUAAGCGAAGUGGUGACACAGCUGUCCGUCAUCCUAAACGUCCCGCCUCCUCGCCUCCUGCUGCUGAGGGAGGAAGAGGAGCUGCCGACGAGCUUCACUGUCAGCGAGCUCGGCCUCGGCAUCGCCGACAUCAUAGAGUGCGUGGUCAUGGCGGCGGAGGAUAGAAGCCAAUCGAACGACGGCAGCGGCGUCAUCACCGUGAAGCUGCAGAGCAAAGACCGACACUCUCCUCAGGAGUUCUCUCUGCACAGAGAGGCGCCGCUGAGGUCCAUCUUCGCCCAGUACGUGUCCAAGAUGUCCGGCAGCCAUCAGCAGACGGUCCGCUUCCAUUUCGACGGCUCCAAAGUGACGGGCAGCCAGACGCCGGCUCAGCUUGACAUGGAGGACGGCGACAUCAUCGAAGUCUGGGUCUGAGUCUCGUUUCAGCCGAGACGCUCGUUCCGUUUGUUUCAAAGGUCACUUUAUUUUUCACACUGCAGAUAACGAGCAUGAAUUAAUAAAAGGACAGAAAAAACCAAGUGUCCAAAUCAGAUCAUCGUCGCUGUACCUUUAAUUUUAACGUUUCUGUGACUGCACUGACACCUCUUCCUGUUUUUGUGUGUUUAUUUUUAUUAAAAUUGAUAAUAAAGUUUAAAUAAACUGUAUUCACAUCA